AUGUCUUUCCCUCCAGUCCAGGGCGGUGGCUCGCUGAUCGUCGCCUGGCAGGUCAAGGCCAAGCACGUGCUGGUCGUGGGUGGCGGCGAGGUCGCCGCCGGCCGCAUCCUACACGCCCUCAAUGCCGAUGCCCACGUUACCGUCGUCAGUCCGGCCAGCGGAUUGAACCCCGAAGUCGCCUUCCGCGUCGCCGAGAAGCAAGUCGCCCAUAUCGACCGGACCUUCCAGCCGAGUGACCUGGACACCGCGGACAUGGUGAUGUGCGCCAUUGAUGACCCGGAAGCCUCCACUCAGGUCUGGAAGCUGUGCAAGGAGCGUCGCAUCCCGGCCAACAUCGCUGAUGUUCCGCCCGAGUGCGACUUCUACUUUGGUAGCAUGCAUCGUGACGGGCCCUUGCAAGUCAUGGUGAGUACCAAUGGCAAUGGGCCGAAACUGGCCAACAUCGUGCGCAGAAAGAUUGCCGAUGCCCUGCCGGAGAAUAUGGGUGCUGCUAUUGAGAAUGUGGGCAAGCUCAGGAAGAAGCUGCGCGAGGUUGCGCCCAACCCGGAAGAGGGUCCCAAGAGAAUGAAAUGGAUGUCUGCCGUGUGCGAACAGUGGAGCCUGGACGACUUAGUCCAGAUGGGCGAGCAGGACAUGGACAGGCUACUGACACACUAUGCAUCCGGAAAAGUCCCGCUCCUCCAGGAAGUACGACAAAUAUGA